UACGAUGGAGUAUUAGGGCCACACUGAGGAAAAGAAAAUCUGAAAUUUUGAGAAUAAAGUCAUAAUUUUAUGAGAGAAAGUCAACAUAUUACAAGAAUAAUGUAAUUUUACAAAAAAGUCAAUAUAAGAAUAAUGUGGUAAUUUUAGAUUUUGUGUUGUUUUAGAGAGGAAAUAUCAGAAGCUUUAAAAUGAGGAAUGUGGAGCAUCCUGUGAAGUUCUACUUUUGCAGAAGGAGAUCCUUCAUCUUUAGCUCUUCACCAUCACAUCAGCAUCAGGACAUUGAAAAGAUUGUGUCUAUUCUAUUGUUGGACAAACAGCAGCUGCCAGAAGCAGCUCAGACUACCACUGACUGUCAUUUCACAUGUUUGGUUGUUUGUAAUCCUAAAAAUUAUGUUUUUUCUUCUCUCAAAAUUUUACACUUUUAAUUCUCGUAAAAUUCCUACUUUAUUAUCGUAAUUUCAGAUUUCUCGUUUUUCUUCAAUGUGGCCCUAAUACCCCAUCGUACUUUGGCAGACCCGCUGCAUGUCAAUGAGAUCUGGAAAAAGAAAUUCCAUUUCAUAAAUUUCUCAGAAAAUUUCAUUUCAUUUUUUAACACAAAAGUACAAUAAUAACUUAAACAUGUCAUGUAUUAUCACUUCAUCUGGAGGCCCUGUCUUAUGCAAGGAUAGUCAAAAUAUUAAAUGUGAUCAUUUCUGUUAGAAUGGGCAGGAAGAAAGGAUAGUGAAUAAUCAAGCACUAGCUCCACCUACAGGAAGGUUGCGGUGGUUCUCGAGUCUCCAGAAAGCUUGUGUGAGUUUGAAUACUGGUAACUGAUUUUCCCAGAAUGAUGUUGGUAUAUAUUAGUGAUGUCCAUGGAGACAGAGAUAGGAGGAGACCGGAUGCUUGUAAGAUGGAUCAUUUGUAACACUUCCAGUUUCUUCAAUCAGGAACAAGUUAUGAAUCACCUGAUUCACUCUAUACCUGCUCAGGUUAGUCUUAUUCUACAUAUGAGGAAUUAGCAGCCUGUGACAGAAAGACUGUUUUAGAAAGAAAAAACUAAUUUUAGGUAAGAAUUUUUUUUUUUUACCUCGUUUUUGUAAUAGCAGGUGCCUGAUUUGUAGUUCAACGCUUCAAACUUAUGUCAUGUUUAUUUUGAGUCUAGAUAUUUUUCAUGCUAGUUGUCAGUGCUAAUGUUUUAGCUGUUAGCUGCAAGUUAAGCUAGUUCAUGGCUACAAGAGUCUGGGUUAGUUGUAACAACAAUACACAUAGGUGGACACAAACACAACUGUUACAUUGUUGAAGCUGGUGAACAUUUGCACAUUUUGUUGUCACUACUAUGACUGACAGUAAGUCUUGGCUAUCUCUCUCUCUCUCACACACACACACACACACACACACAAUGUCAAAAAUGUUACACCCAGCCCCAUUCUCCCCUAUUUACUUUACAACUAAGUAAUACUGUCAGCUAUGGCAAACUGAGAAGUAUUACAUUUUCUGGUAUAUUUGAACGUAAGCUUGCUGAGGUCUCCAGCAAAUGAUAGUAGAUAAAGUAGAUAUCACUGAAUUCUUUUGAACGUUUUGUACUGUUAGCUGUAUUUUUCAGUGUAAACACAUUUGAACAGACAGAGGCACCAGAAUGCAAAAGUUGUUGUCGUAUUCAAGUUCCUUUUAGUAGAGGCUGUUUACAUUUUUUUUUAUAGAAACACAUGACCAAGUUAAAUGGAAAUAAUAAUUAUAAUGGUAUAUUAAUAAAAUAAUUAUAAUGACAACAUAUUUUGUGCCAGCUUAAUAGUAGUAGUAAUAGUAGUAGUCCUGUGCCAUCCAUCCAGUCCACAUUAGUUCUAUCGUCCUGCGUCUCUGUCUCCCCCUCCUGUCCUCAACACCACCCUGCGUUUCCCUCUAUUAUUUUCCACUCAGUUUCUCGCAGUUUAAAAUGGCGGCGUUGAGCAGCGCCGAGUCCCCACCGCCCGUCUUUAACGGAGACACCGCGGAGCGGGAGCCGGGCAGGGAGCGGGGCCUGGAGGAACUGGGCGCUGGGCUGGACUCCUCUUGCUCGUCGGGGAUCCCCGGAGGUCCGCAGGAUGAGGAGAUAUGGAAUAUCAAACAGAUGAUAAAGUUGACACAAGAACACUUAGAGGCUCUACUGGACAAGUUUGGAGGAGAACACAAUCCUCCCUCCAUAUAUCUAGAGGCCUAUGAGGAGUACACCAGUAAACUAGACGCCCUGCAGCAGAGGGAGCAGCAGCUGCUGGAGGCCAUGGGGAAUGGUACAGACUUCUCCUGCUCUCCUUCUCCAAUGCCAGCCCUUCUGGAGGUCAAGAUGGGAGGCUGUGGGGUCGGAGGGGGGGCGCAGGCCUUUCCCUCAGCCCCCAACACCUUGGCUGUCCUGCAGACCCCCACUGACGCCAGCCGAGCCAACCCUCGCUCCCCCCAGAAACCCAUCGUUAGGGUCUUCCUGCCCAACAAACAGAGAACAGUGGUCCCGGCCCGCUGUGGGAUGACUGUGAGAGACUCACUGAAGAAAGCUCUGAUGAUGCGAGGCCUCAUCCCAGAGUGCUGUGCAGUGUACAGGAUACAGGAUGGAGAGAAGAAGCCCAUUGGCUGGGACACAGACAUCUCCUGGCUGACAGGAGAAGAGCUACAUGUAGAAGUAUUGGAGAACGUGCCGCUCACCACACACAACUUUGUGAGGAAGACCUUCUUCACACUGGCCUUCUGCGACUUCUGCAGAAAGCUGCUGUUCCAGGGUUUCCGCUGUCAGACCUGUGGAUACAAGUUCCACCAGCGCUGCAGCACUGAGGUCCCUCUCAUGUGUGUCAACUAUGACCAGCUAGACUUGUUGCUCGUGUCCAAGUUCUUUGAGCAUCACCCGUUCACCCAGGAGGAGGUGUCCUCAGAGGGAACCACUCCUGUGUCUGAGGUCUGUCCAUCACUCCCCCCAUCUGACUCCACCGGGUCUAUAUGUCACACCACUGUGUCCCCGUCCAAGUCCAUACCCAUCCCGCCCAGUUUCCGGCCCAAUGAGGAGGACCACCGCAACCAGUUUGGCCAGCGGGACCGUUCGUCCUCCGCCCCCAACGUCCAUAUUAACACCAUUGAGCCUGUCAACAUCGAUGACCUGAUUCGAGAUCAGGGCUUACCAAGGUCAGACGGAGCCCCCCCGACCCACCCCGCCCGCUGCUUGAGGAAGCACCGAACACGGACCUCAAGCCCCCUCCUAUACUCCUACCCCAAUGACAUAGUGUUUGAUUUUGAGCCCGAGCCUGUUUUCCGAGGCUCCACCACAGGGCUGUCGGCCACACCACCUGCUUCUUUACCUGGCUCUCUGACCAACGUCAAGGUCCCACAGAAGUCACCAUGCCAACAGAGGGAGCGCAAGUCGUCAUCCUCGUCUGAGGACCGCAAUAAGAUGAAAACCCUGGGGAGAAGGGACUCCAGUGAUGACUGGGAAAUCCCUGAGGGUCAGAUCACUCUGGGUCAGAGGAUAGGCUCUGGAUCUUUUGGAACUGUCUUCAAGGGAAAGUGGCAUGGUGAUGUGGCAGUGAAGAUGUUGAAUGUCACUGCUCCCACGCCACAGCAGCUUCAGGCCUUCAAGAAUGAAGUGGGAGUCCUCAGGAAAACGCGUCAUGUGAACAUCCUGCUGUUCAUGGGCUACACCACCAAGCCUCAGCUGGCCAUAGUGACCCAGUGGUGUGAAGGCUCCAGUCUGUACCACCACCUGCACAUCAUCGAGACCAAGUUUGAGAUGAUCAAGCUGAUCGACAUCGCCCGGCAGACCGCUCAGGGCAUGGAUUACCUGCAUGCCAAAUCAAUCAUCCAUAGAGAUCUGAAGAGCAACAAUAUUUUCCUCCACGAGGAUCUGACGGUGAAGAUCGGUGACUUUGGCCUGGCUACAGUCAAGUCCCGCUGGAGUGGCUCCCACCAGUUUGAACAGCUGUCCGGCUCGAUACUGUGGAUGGCUCCAGAGGUGAUCCGGCUGCAGGACAAGAAUCCCUACAGCUUCCAGUCAGACGUCUAUGCCUUUGGCAUCGUGCUGUACGAGCUCAUGUCAGGAGCUCUGCCCUACUCCAACAUCAACAACAGAGACCAGAUCAUAUUUAUGGUGGGUCGAGGUUACCUGUCUCCUGACCUCAGUAAGGUGCGCAGCAACUGUCCGAAGGCCAUGAAGAGACUGAUGGCCGACUGCCUGAAGAAGAAGAGAGAGGAGCGACCUCUCUUCCCUCAGAUCUUGGCGUCCAUUGAGCUGCUGGCUCGCUCGUUACCCAAAAUCCACCGCAGCGCCUCGGAGCCUUCGUUAAACCGGGCCGGCUUUCAGACGGAGGACUUCAGCUUGUACGCCUGCGCCUCACCCAAGACCCCCAUCCAGGCCGGUGGCUAUGGGGAGUUUUCAGCAUUCAAAUAAGUGCUGCAGAUCCCACCAGCCCAUCCCUCGUCACUUCUCAAAAAGUCUCGUGUCCCUGCGGUGGAUUCAUUCAUUACUGAAAAAAAUGAAAAAUUAGCUUCAAAGAACGGGCUGUUUUCUUCCUCUUAUCAACCUGAAGAAGGCAGCCUCACUGGAGGCAACCAAAAGCUGUCCAGCAGGCAAACAGCCACAGCAACAGACAAAACUGAAUUAGGGAAGACAAAAAAAAAAAAAAAAAAAAAAGAAGCAACUUGAGUGACACAAAAAGGAAAAAAAAAAUAUCCAUACCAAAACAGUUUUCUUGCCUGCUGGAGGGAAAGGAAGGGGAGACGGAUGAGAAACGUCAGGAGAAGUCGAGGCUCUGGGCGCCGCCGCUCAUCUCGCCGUUUCCUACGCAGGCGAGGAGGGAGGCUGGUUAAUCAGCUGGGCCGCUGAACUGCAACUUUGAGUGACGGCAGAACGGGGCCCCGUAAGAAGGAGAAGCAGCCUCCCAUCUGACGCUUGAGAUGAUGAAAGGUCAGACAUUAGCCUGUUCCCAGGAAAAACUGGAGGUCACUCAGCAAGGGUUACCCCCCCACCACCACCACCACCCCCCCCACCCACCCUCCCGAAGGAAGACGACUUGAAAGAUAGAUCUAUUUUUACUUUUUCAUCUUGUUUCUCAUGUUUCAGAUUUUAGCUAGCAAGUUGCUAGGAAUGAUGAGCUUUUUUUUUGUCUUUGUUUCUUUUGAAGAGAUGGUAGCUUGUUUUAGAUCUAAGCUUCCCUCCUGGUCAUGCAGCACAGGCCUCUGCUUGUUUGUUUUUUUUGUCUUUUUGGGCUUAUCGCUGACCAAAUUCUGCAAAAUACUGUAUUUUGCCUUCUUGAUUGCCUCCAAUAAAUUUGACACCAGUGAAGAAAACAGCAACAGAUCUUGAUCUAUGGAAAGAUUUUGCAUUUGAAAGCAGGAGAAGCAGUGCUUUCCAUAGAUUUUGGCUAGCAACAGUAGCUGUUCUUUGUAAGGAAAAAUGCUAAUUUGAUGGAUGACGGAAGCUACAUGAGAGGGAUUUGUUGUUCCCUUUUUAAAGGACCUGGUUUAAGCCAGCAGAUGUUGAUUAAUGAGCUUUAGAUGCUGUUGGAUAUUUCUACCUUUUUUUUUUUUUUUUUUUCAAAGGAUUUCGUGUUUAUGUGAAAGCAGGGAAAGCGGUUGUGACUGUAGAUUUUCCGGUUGAAAACUCUGCAGCGUGACGGCGGUUCGUCGACCGCAGGAGCUUCUCCAGAGGGAGGAAGAUUCAGAUCCGUUGGAUGAUGGAGUUUAAAACGAGGUGUUUUUAAAAGAGCCUGGUCUAAGCCGAGCUGCAGCCCGGGCUUUAUGCUCAGCUAAGGAGAGUGUACAGUACUUGUGGCUUCUCUAAGCUUCAAAGUUGUUACACGGCAUCUUUGCAACAAAGCUUCUGACGCUUUUUCCACAAAACCCAACCUCAGUUUUUUUUUUUGUGACAAUAAGUGCAUGUCCUGUCGUUUUUUUUUUUUCCUUUUUUUUUGUUUUUCUUUUUUAUUUGGUUUGUUGAACAUGUGGCUUUAAUAUUGCACUCAGCUUAAAAUGGGGACCUUACUUGUUGCAGCUGCUGAGUAAUGGGCUGCAGCGUUAAUCUGCUGAAAGGACCAGCGAUCGUCUGGUGAGUUCCGUUAGUCUUGAAAAUGUUCGGUCAAUCACACCUUUUACCUUUUCUACACACAUGCACCUGUACUUUUUUUUCAUUCCAGCGUGUGUUAGGGGUUUGUAGGUGUUACAGGUUCUUUUUAUUUUUGUUAUUGUCAUUGUUUGCCUUUUUCUGUACAGGCAGGCCUGCAGAUAUUUACUUAUUUAUGUGAAUCUUUUUUUUUCUUUUUUUUUUUUCUUUAGUUUUGUUUUAUGGAUUCAUUUUCAGAACCGCUUUAUUUGACGCUAUCAGUCUUUCUUUUGACGCUUGUUUUAGUCUUUGUGACUCGUGUACUUGCACUUUGUAGAGAUGGAUCGAAGUAAAUGAGCGACUUGCCUUGACUUUUAUUUUUUAAUUGAAGAAUUGUGACAUGCGGAGGUGAUGACCCGACAUCCAUCCAAUGCAUGAGUCAUCUGCAGGGGCUGAAGUGUGAAUAUUUUUUUUUUGCUGGGAUGGCUCAGUUUGUGAUAAAGCCUCCAGGAGCUGGAGGCGGCAACAAACCUGCUGAGAAAAGAAAUGAGACUGCUGGCUUGAUACGUGGAUGUUUUGGCUGUUGAGCAUACAGCUGAAGCAUCCACCCAAACACCAACAAACUGCUUCAUCACAUUCAUCAUGUAUGUCUUUUUCAUCACAAACGUCAUGAACUAAACCCCAGCCCCCCCCACACACACACAACAUUGUCAUUCCAAUUUCUUUUAUGGAACGGUCAGACAUGUUAGGAAAUACCUCUGCAAGUCUAUGAAGCAGAAAGGUCUGCGAGUAUCUUAGCACAAAGACUGGGGGGCUGCUAGCCCUGACCCCAGGCCCUGACCCCAGGCCCUGACCCCAGGCCCUGACCCCAGGGCAGUCUUACUGUUUGUCAUGGUCCUGGAUCAACACCUCCUUAAUUUGGAUGUUUUAGUCACUGAGCAGCUCAUGAAAUGUCACAAGAAGCAUAUUCAAAAUACGAACCGGUAGGAAGUGGGAAAAGCACGUCAGUUAGGUGCAACCACAUUAUCCAGGUUAAGAGGGCCAAAGCCAACUCUGUGUAAAGCCUGAUAAUUUACAGUUUUAUUUUGGUAGUUCUGGUUCAACAUUCCUAGCAUUGUACUUACCGAGUUGAUGGGCAGGGCUUUCACUUUUUAAUUACAAAAUGCUCCAACACAGGAAAUCUUAUUUAUUCCUAUCUGGAAUGAUAUGUUCCUCACAAAUGGAUAAGCACAAUAGGCCGUGUCUUGUUACUCCAGCAGGGGGCAUUAAUAAAAUGUUCUUUCUGUCUUGGCCGGUGCUGAACAAGGUGAUUGUUUCCUUUGCUUUUUCUCAAAGUGGAGAAAACAAGCGUGCUGCUGCCGUGCUGCGGAGAAACAUUACACCAAACCAUCCAAGAAUAGAAAUAGUGCAAGUCUUUUGAAUUGGACAACCACAGAUUUAAAGAUCUCAAAUAAAAGAAACACCAGCAGUCUGGUGGUCGGACAGGUUGGAGAGAAACCUCCAGCUCGACUUAUUUAGAAGGAAGGAAAAGGUGAAAAAUUAAAACAUGUUACAGAAAGCUACUGAAAAAACCCGCUGUCCAGACAAAUAGUGGUGAACACAGUGGAGCAUUUAGCAGCUAAAGAGCCAGAUAUUUUUGGAGAGUUGGUGAAGACCAAAACAGAACUGAAAGGAGGGGGAAUAAAGUCUAAAUGAAAGCUGUCGUUGCCACAGACGGGUGACAAAUUAAAGGAUAAAUGAGUGGAGAAACAGGACGACAACAUCUCCCCCCCCCCCAGAGGGCACCAGGAAUCACUGAAUGUUUAAUGAGCUGUCACUAGAUCUCAGUCCAGUUUAACACCUUCGGGUGAUUUUGGACUGAUGCGUUAGACGGCAGAAACGCCACAUGAGGGAACAUCUGGAGGAAGGUGUUCAUCCUCCAGUAGAGUUGACAGAUGUUACUGGAGGUAAUCAAGCUGUUCCGGCAGCUCAUGGCAACACCUCACUAAGACACUUGUUUUUUUGUUUGUUUUUUGCCAUUAAUUUGUCAUUUGUAUCAUGUGUUUGCAGAAUGUGUAAAUGUUCAUUAACACGUUAGCCAUAACGAGUUUCUGUUGUGUGUUGAGUUUUCAUCUUUGUUGCGGAUGCGGCCAAAAACAUUACUGCAACUUUAAAGCUGAUUAUUUCAUCGUGGACACGUUGAUAUGGCGAUCAGUGAUUGGCCAAUCAUUUUUUCAUCUACACAUCCAACUGUUACAGAGCAGCAUGAGCUGUGGUUGAUACAUUUGUUACAAUAAGAACAGUAACUAUAGAGGUCACUCGAAGUCCAGUGUCGGCCAUGUUGCUGAUUCACAUGGUUCUUUUGUUUACAUGCAGUCGAGGCGGGUCGGUCUAAGCAGCAUGUUUCUGUGGAUACACAGUGUGUGUGUGUGUGUGUGUGUGUGUUGAGCAUGAACUGGUGUUAGUCGGGUCUGGGUUUGGGAACCAGCCGACUCAGUAUGUGGUGAUUUUAAGUGAGAAAGAUGCUCCACAGAGUUCGCUUUGUACGACUCUUCUGUAGUCUGUCCGUUAUCUGCACACAUGAGAUGCAGGUUAGAGUUAGACUCAUGUAUAGAGACGAUGAAGGCCUUUUUUUAUUAUUACAUAUCCUCCAGUCUUGUAACACCUGACAAGUUAUUCACCUGUUCAGGAGAUGAUGACCACCUCAUCGAUCUGAGCUUGUUGUGGUUGAUCAGGACACUUGAAGUUCUAGUUCUGAAGCCCCAGUAACACUGGUGUUUCUGGAAGAGGAGGAUGAGGUCAUGUGGGUUUGGGAGAAUGAAGUCAGCACGACGAGGGCCGUAACGGUUCAGUGAUACUCAUCUGAACUCAGUGGACCACCGGAGCUCAGGAUUCUGACUUGUGUUAUUUCAUGUCUUGUUCAGGAAUCCGCAGAGAACUGAUAUUUCACACAGGAAGGCUGCAGUCGGCCACUAAUCACCGAAUCUAACGUUACUCUCAAAAAUAAAUUAGAUUCUUAGUUUUUUUUUGUUUUGUUUUUAUUGAGAUUUAAAUUCUAUUUCACCCCAAAUUCAUCAAAACUGUUUCUCACUUCUCAUCAGUUGUAUGUGUCAGUCAGAUUGUUUUUGAUGUGUCUUGAUUUAUGGAUAUAUAUUUUUUUUUUGGACCAUAUCAUGGUCUUCUUCAGCACAUUGAGCUUACACAAUGACGAAACAAUCUCAACUCAAGGUUUUAUUUACUUGUUUUUUUUUCCAGAGCUUUUGACUUGCGAAGAAUUUAUCGUCAGUGUCACACAAGAUUUGACGUCUUAGAUCAUGAGAGGUUCGAAUAUAAACACAUCUGCUGAUGAGGACCAUGUGAUAACGGUCCAGAACGAGUAGUAAGUGGACCUUGAGUUAAGGUUUAGUAGACAACUAUUUCCCAGGUCAAGUACGACACUAGAAGUAUCACAUGCCCCCUCAGUCCUCGUCCACAUCGGUAUCAGCUGCACUGGGAUCUGCUGUUUGACGUUUUCAGAUUGCUCAUUGUUAGCAUGGCGGAACCUGAGGAAGUAAACAGCUUUGAGUUGCUGUAUUUAUUUUCUCUUGAGGAUAUUAUCACUGGUGUGUGUGUGUUCUGCUAAACCUUCAUAGAGCCUACGCUGAGCUCUGAUCUCACCACACACUCCCUGCUCUUCCACUUAACGCACAACUUUCCGUUCAGCAUUGCUCUAUUUUCAUUCCCCCCCUCUUUUUCUUCUGAAACAUUCCCCCCCCCCCCCCCCCUUUCUCUCUCCUCCUUGCCUGCACCUUAAACCCAACAAUUCCUUUCAACUGAGAACCAUCAUGAAAAAAAAAAAAAAAACUUUAUGGAAAUUUGUUUUUGUUUUUAUUUACUUUCACCUGUAAAUAGUUGUACAAAGGAAAUACUGUCAGUUUGCUAGGAGGCAUGGAGACUACAAAUGUAACAAAUUAUAAAACGUUCAAAAUAAAGAGGAAAGAUUAAAAGACAUUUUGAUAGGCAGACUUCUGAGAAAAAUGGUGAGUGUAAAAAAUAUUUAAGGCUGUAUCAUAAGAAGAAAAAGCUUAAUGUAUUUGUUGUGAAUAUGAAAAACUGAUAUAUUAAAGAAGUGCAUGAAAACUGUA